AAGUUCUGAACGCAAGCGUGUCGGGGUGAAAGGGCUCCGCUGCGCUGCGCAUUUGCGCGGCUGCCGUGGCAACUCACAUGACUCUAGUUUGCAGCGUGAGGCUGCCUUGUGAGUCGUGGCCUGGGUUUGCCUUUGAUGCUGCGUCACCAUGACACGGCAAAUGUCCUCACGGUGCAAGAAUAAAGGCCCAGUGUGGAGUCCUGGCUGGAGGAACCUCGCUGAGCCUGAAGCUCGGAGUCUGUGAGGAGCGAAGGAGGAAGCUUCCGACGGCAGGUUGUGCCCCGCCCUGGUCCUGGUCCUGGUCCUGGUCCUGGUGGGUGAGUGUGAGCGGCUGCGGCGGCUCUGGUCACGAUGCCAGACUCUCUCGCCUCCUGCUCUGGCCUUGGUUGUGGCGCCGCAACAGUUUGGUGCGACUGUUUUGUUCCGGUCCGGUUGACCUGGUUGCGACUCCUGUCCUGGAGUCUGCAGCAGCGACUCUGACCGGGCCUCAUGGCUCCACCUGGGGCCAGAACUGAGGUGCCCACCUGCGUUCUGGGGUCACGCUUCAGGAACCAUGAGCGCGACAGAGCCACUGAAUCUUUACUGACUUUCAUGGGUGUCAUGAUGUUGGCGUCCACAAGACGGCUCCACAGUGCAGCCAGUGUUUAUCCUCCCAGUGAGUUGACAGCAGUCGGGACUUGACCCGACUGGAUCUGGCCCCGCCGCAGCGCUGCUAGCCGUUAGCAUUAUAAACCAGAGCAGAAGCAAAACAAAGACGGAGAGUGACCCAGUGACCCAAGGAGGAGGAGUUCUGAAUGCCACCGUCCAGCACCACCAGAACCGCGUUCACCCCGAGAGCCAGAGUCUGUCUCCAGCACUGCCAUGAGAUUCGCCAAGCAGGAGGCGCCAAAGCAGCGCCGGCCCCCGCCGCCGCCGCCGCCGCCACCGGAGGGAGGCUGGGGAUGGAUGGUUGUCAUCGGCUGCUUCCUCGCCACCAUCUGCAUCCGGGCCGUCACCAGGUGUGUCUCCAUGUUCUUCGUGGAGUUCCAGCUGCACUUUGAGAAGGACUACUCCACCACCGCCUGGAUCCACAGCCUCAUCGACUGCACCACCAUGCUCUGUGCUCCUCUGGGCGGCUUCCUGGGGAACCGGAUCUCCUGCCGAGCCACCGUGAUCCUGGGAGGCCUGCUGUCGUCCAGCGGCCUGGUCCUCAGCUCCUUCGCCUCCAGCCUGGAGCACCUCUACGUCUUCCUGGGCAUCCUGACAGGUCUGGGCUUCGCUCUGAGCUACACCACCUCCAUCGCCAUGGUGGGGAAGUACUUCAGCGAGAGGAAGGCUCUGGCCUAUGGCAUCGCCAUGUCAGGAAGCGGCAUCGGAACCUUCGUGCUGGCGCCGGCGGUGCAGAUGCUGAUCGAGCUCUACUCCUGGAGGGGAGCGCUGCUGGUGCUGGGCGGCUUCGUGGCCAACCUGUGCGUGUGCGGGGCCCUCAUGAGGCCCCUGGACGCUGACGCCACAGACGGGAUGAGUCAGAGUUCCGUGGAGACCUGCCCCUCAUCCGACCUGGACUCUGACUCCACGGGCUCCAGCGACGGCGGCCAGCUGCAGCAGAAGGAGCUGGAGCUCCACCGUCUCCACCACACCCAAGCGCUUCUCGUCGCAACCGGAGCCUUGAAAAACUGUGAACUGGAGCAGGAGCGGGCGCUGGUGCCAGGGAUCCCGGAGCUCAGGAUCUCCGAGUGCAUCCUCUUCAGCAACAAGCUGACGGACACGGCGCUGGACGGCCUGACGCUCAGCUCCACCGAGGCCCUGGUGGAAGCCAACAACCUGAGCAAUAAACUGCGGCUGGAGGACCCCAGAGCGGCCCAAGAGAAGCCCGAGGCGCUUUCCAGCGGCUACGUCCUCCGCGGCUGCGGCGGCUCCACGGAGGAGUACGGCUUCCUCCUCAUCCCUGACUUCCUGUUCCUCUGCGUGUCCUUCCUGUUCCUGGCCAUGGGCUGCAGCCCCCCAGUGGUCUACCUGGUGCCCUACGCCCUCAGCCUGGGGAUGCAGAGCCAGCAGGCCGCCCUGCUCAUGUCCAUCUUCGGCAUCAGCGGCAUCAUCGGCAACAUCACCUUCGGAUGGAUCACGGACAGGAAGUGUCUGAAGAGGUUCCGGCUGCUCUGCUACGUGGCGGCGGUGGGUCUGGAGGGCCUGUGCUGCAUGUUGAUCCCCCUGCUUCAGUCCUUCUCCCUCCUGGCCUUGUUCUCCGUCCUCUACGGCUACUUCGAUGGGGCCUACGUGGCCCUCAUCCCCGUGGUCACCUCAGACGCAGUGGGCCCUUCCUACCUGACCUCAGCCCUUGGCAUCGUCUACUUCCUGCACGCCAUUCCUUACCUCCUCAGUCCCCCCAUCGGAGGUUUGUUGGUGGACCAGACAGGGAACUACAGCGCCACCUUCUUCCUCUGCGGCGUGUUCUUCGUGCUGAGCUCGGCGGUUCUGGUCACAGCCGUGUUAGCCCGGCGCUGCAGGAGGUCUGAGCCGCCUCCCUCUGCUGCGCCUGGAUGUGACGUCAUCUGACCGCUCCUCGCCACCGCCGCUGACACUCGGGAACACGCGGCGCAGGCGCCUCUCACCAGGACUCCACAGGUGGCGCUGACUUCCGUAGUGUCACCAGCUCCUCUCUUCUGUUUUCCUCUGAAAUGAAGUGGGGUGUGAGCAGUUGGACUUCGGUGCGAUGACUGUGAGCACGACACGACUGACUCCGCCUCCUGCACCAACUCUGUGGAAGCCUCGCCCCUUCGUGCCGGCUCCACCGCGCACUCACCUCUUCAGAACGGCUUUGGAAAACUGACUGUAAACUGUGAGGCGUCUUGCAGUGCGGAGAACAGGCGACACCAAGCCCAUGUAUCGUUGUGAUUAAAGUGAACUAUUCCUCAGGUGGUGUUGUCCGUGUGUCACAUGAGUGACAGAUGUGGAGACUCCGCUAGCUUAGCAACCAUGCUAACGUGGCGCUAAUGUCGCCUCCGUGAAUUCCGUCUGCUAAUCUUGUGUGAAGGAACAUGACAAAUCUGCACAUGUGCGCAUCGCAGCAUCGUCUUGUUCCCCGCUACAUGCUACAUGCUAGAUGCUAGCUCAGCGGAGUCAGCUGUUUAUUUGCAUUUUUAAAGUCUGAACUUAGUCAAACAGAGUGCAGUCAUUUGCUUCCUUGGCCAGUCAUGUGACCGCACUGGCAGCUAGCUGCCGCGAGCGCCCCCUAGAGGGCCACGGAGAGUUGUCUGUCUCACACCACCGAGGCACAAGACCCUCAGGUGUAACACACGUGCCCCACACGGUGGCAGUAGAGAGUCAAGUGACUUGGCAGCUGCGGAUCUGUGAUAGUUACCAACGAUGGAGAAGCUCUUGGAAAGAAACAAUGAUGAAGAAAGUGGUGGCGCCCCCUACAGUACACACUGGUCAUGAAAGCAGCUGUUGGAUCAGGUUUUAAAAUCAGAAACUCUAAUGGUGACACUUUCAUUUACACUUUACUUAUAUCUUCUUUAUUUUGAAAAUAAAUUCUUUUUAUUUUUGUGAUAUUUAAACAUUGGUUUAUUAUUAUAAAUGUAUUCAGAAUUUAAUUCACAUAUUGGUGUACAAUUUGUCCAAUUUUCUCAACAGUUUGCAUCAAGUCUAUUUUCUCCUUUUUUCUUUGGUACAUUUCAUCACUAUGACUUCUAUGACUUCAUCUGUCUGUCUGCCUGUCUGUUUGUCUGUCAGCUCAUCUAUCUGUCUGUCUGUCUGUCUGUCUGUCUGCUCAUCUGUCUGUCUGUCUGUCAGC